GUUAAAUAUAAGUUUCUGUCCGGCGACAAGAAUUGUUUUUAUUUAAAAAAAAUAGAAGGGAAAAAACGCUGCCCAGUGGUAGUGAGCAGGGCCACAGCGAGAGCAGAGUCCGAGCCCUAGGGUUUUGGCAAUUCCUAAUUGUCGUCGGCAAGAGAAAAUCAUGGCGGACGGAUACUGGAAUCGGCAGCAGGCGUCUCUACUCCCUUCUGGUCCCAUGCUUAAACGACCCCGUUCUGAUUACGAUCUUCCCCAUUCUGGGAUGUCUUCACGGCAUGAUAUGCAUAGUUAUUUAUCGAGAGAGGAUGAUCAUGGUGAGCCUCGGUCUAUAAAGGAUACAAGAACUAUUGGAUCAGCAUAUGAUCGAUAUCUCCAGAGUGCGCAAUAUCCUUCUUUUGCUUCUGGAGAAGCCAGUGCACUAGGGGGAGUUAGGUCAGGAAGGCCAGUUAGUGGUGGAAUAGGUGGUAUUCCAAUAUCUGAUUCUGCUUUGGCGGGUCGUCCUGGGGCUAUUGGUCGAGAUAUGGUGUCAAAUGGUCGCAGUAGGGAUUUAGAUGAUCGUCUCCCUGUGGAGACCAUGGCUAGGCCUGGCAGUGAAAAAUUACCUCUACCUCCUGAUGCUUCCAACACUUUGUAUGUUGAGGGACUUCCUCGGGACACCACGAAGAGAGAAGUAGCUCAUAUUUUUCGACCUUUUGUGGGAUAUAAAGAAGUGAGACUUGUGAGCAAAGAAUCGAAACAUCGUGGUGGAGACCCUCUUAUUCUUUGUUUUGUUGAUUUUGCAAGUCCAGCCUGUGCAGCUACUGCUAUGAGUGCCUUGCAAGGCUAUAAGAUGGAUGAAGAUGAUUCUGAUUCUAGAUACUUGCGACUGCAGUUUUCUCGGUUUCCAGGCCCAAGGUCUAGUUCUGGAACCCGUGGCAGGAGUUAGCUCGGUCCUUCCUCCACACCAAAAUUGUGAGCUUUUAAGGUGCACAAAAUAUUUAGAGAUGAGGCUAAGAAGAAUUUAUAGUUUAAUCAUGCCAUCAAUUGUCAAAGCAGCUGAAAUCCUCAGAUGUAUUGCCGAAAAUGAACUUGAUUGUUGUAAAUUAGUUGUGGGUUGAAGAAACUUUGACCAUAUGACUAUGCUUUAUUUUUUCUUCAACCUUUUGAGUUUGACAUGAAUGUAGCAUAUUUGUUCUCA